GAGAGAGGGAGGAGGGCAGACACAAGUUUGACAUAUUUAAAACAAAGACCACACCAUUUGUGAGCGUCAUUAUCUCCAGCAGCUACAGAAAGCGAGAACGCCAUCGGCGGCGAAUGAAUCUGCACGUGGAAAAGAAAACAGAGGACUGGACUUUGGGAGCUUCCCUGGUAACCGUGACACCGGAGACAGGAAAGGGCUGCAGAGAGUCCACAUACCACCCCUGAGAAGAGAAGGGCUUCAGGAGGGAACCGCAGCAAAGACACCACCUGGGUGCAGCUUUGCACAAUAAAACAAGUGGAGAUAGAGCAGCUAAAGGGAUAAAAAAGGUGCAUCAAGAACUUAUGUGUGGAGGACUGAAGGAUCUGGAGAAGUCUUGAGGAGAAACGCAGGAACAAACUGGAGGAACAGCAGCAAGAGGUCCACCGGGCCCCACAGCACAACUUCACGAUGAGUAUGAGCGGGACUCUGGAGAAGGGGGCGCACCACCAAGCCCUGGACCUGUCGGAGGAGCUGCCGCCUCACCUGCACCAUCACCACACCAACCACCACCAGAGCUUCCACCACUCCAACUCCCUGGCCUCCACCGCCGCCAUGGGCGGAGGCAGGGAGACGCCUUCGCGCGUGGUCAUACCCCCGCCCUACUGCGUGGCGGAGAGCGGGGGCAGCGAGGCCCCCCUGGAGCUGCGGGGCUCGCUGGACUGCUGGGCCUGCUCCGUGCUGGUGACGGCCCAGAACCUGGUGAUCGCCGCCAUCAACGCCUGCCUCGCCGGGGUGGUGUUCGGCACCAUCCUGACUCCAGCCACCGUCAUGGUCGUGUUCGGCUUCCUGUGCCACUCCACGGUCCGGCCCCACGGGACGACCCCCUACUGCUCGGACCUGCUGACUGACGGAGGCUGCGUGGCUUUGCUGGUAGUGGGCUUCCUCCUGGUCACCCCUCUGCUGGUGCUGGCGCUGGCUGCGUACUGCCGCCUGGCCCGCCACCUCCAGCUGGGCCUGUGCUUCAUCCCGUACAGCCGGGCCGUCUACAAGAACCUGCCGGCCACGCAACACCGCGGCCUGGGCACCGGCUGCUGCGGCGGAGGAGGAGACGGAGGCGAGAGCAGCGGGAAGGGGAAGGUCUGGGUGUGAGAGGGGAACAAGAGAGUCCAACUUCAGGAGGGGAAGGAAAGAGACAUAAUUCAACACUGAAAUUGUCAAAAACAGAGAAUGACCAAGCCACCUUCAACUUCCCCGAACAGACCACAGGAAAGAGGAUCUCUGAAAAUAGCUUAUUGUGUUGACACAAAACUUGUAUCUUAUCACAUUUAUAUUGUCAUGAACACCAUUUGACAUGUGUAGCUCUGUGUUUAGCUGUUGCUAUCUGUAAUUACAGUUUCUUGUACCGUUUUUACUUUAAGAAUAAAGUUUUUUGAUUUUU